AUGAGUUCUGAGCACAGUUUUGUGUUUAGCGCACAGGCAGAUUUUGAAAAGGUUUUCAAGAUUACAUUGAACAAUCCAAAUGAAUUUGCAUCCUUGUUGACUACUACUGGACGCACUACAGUCAAGUUUGUUUUGAAUUGCCCCAUUGUAUUUCUGGUAUCACGUGAACUGAAUGAAUUUGAACCCCCAGAGAAGAGAGAAGAAGGAGAGCUGCAAGCGGAUGUGAAUGUGACGAGAAUCCCGCAAUGUUGUCGGACAGCUCCGAGACCUUCAUGGGCAAGAAAUUGGAAUGGUUUGAACCCGUAUGCCAGAAAACCAGAAACUCCAGAGAAUCCACAAGCGUCAAAUGAAACAAACGGUCAAUCUGAAUCGAAACCAGUUGUAAAUGUUGAAAGUAAUGAUGAUACUGCAAAUGAGAACGAGAAUCCAUGGCUCAAACCCACUGUUUUCAGCAGAAGAGAAGGUAUUCAUCAGCGUGACUCUUCAAUUGGUGUUGGGAAAAGAGAUAGAGAAGUAAUUGGAAGAGGAUCUGUUGUGCAAACUGUUUCAGGUUCAGAAAGUGUUAGAGCAACGAUAAAUGCUAUGCAACAUGUAAUUGAAAAACGACCGAGAAAUGAGUGUCAAUGA